AUGUCAGUGCCAGAACCACCACAGCGUCGCAAGGGAGCACCAAUACCACAUGUUCCCACGAGACAGAACGUUGAGCACAGAAGAAUACAAGCAGAAACGCAUACUUCUUCCAUCACCAUUCCCUCUGAUUCCGUCUUUGGAGACGUCAGGUCACUGCAAGAAGAGCACAACUCGUCCAUGUGUUCCAUUUGCCAUGAUUCAACCGUGAUUGACGACUUGGUUCCGUUUUAUCUCAGCAGUGAGGAGGCCGGCAUUCCCUCGAAUCUGACAUGUGGUGAGUGGGAACAAUUGGCCCAAUCGUCUCUACUACGAACGGAUGACGACUGCGACUCUUGGAUUCGCAACUUUUACUCGCAGUGCUGCGAAGGAUCUGUCCCCGUUUAUCAGUGUGAGUCCAACAUUCGACACCAAAUACUGGAACACUACGAUCCCGCCGUGCCUCCCAUUGUCAGUCCUCGAUCCCCCAUAGAUGUCACGGUGACACUGUCCCCCAAUGCCGUGGAAAAAAUUGACGUUCAGACGGGAACGGCACGCAUCAUGAUGAGUCUCUUGAUGGAAUGGAAAGACGCACGUCUUACAUGGGAACCAACCGAGGACACGUGUGCCGGUUCCGUUGCCUUGUGGGCCGGAUAUGAAAAGGAAAAAACCGAAGUGUGGGUUCCCGAUAUUGACAUGUACAAUCAAGUGGAAGGACUUCAGACCAUGCCCGAUACAUUGGCACUGGUGAACAGCAAUGGGAUGGUGUCGUGGAGACGCAAUGGUGGUGUCACGGUAUUCUGCCAGUUCACCGGUCUCAGUCAAAUUCCAUUCGACAUGCUGGGCUGCCAAAUCAUUGUGGGACCCUGGGUACGGCAAUCUAGCAACCAAAUCCGUUAUCAGCUCUUUAAUGGGACCGGCUUGCAAGUUGGUCCAUUUGAAGGAACGUUCAAUGAGUAUCUGCCAGUACCAGAGCUCUCCGAAAGUGGUACAGCCUUUGGUGGAGGCGUCAUGUACUUCAACUUGUACUAUCGUCGAGCGCAAGCAUACUAUGUCAACAAUCUUCUUAUUCCAACGGUCGUUCUCACGUAUGUCAGUAUGGGAACCUAUCUGUUGGACCUUCGAGUCGGGGAACGGCUCAGCUAUGGCAUGGCUUUGGCACUUGUAGUGGUGGCACAGCAAAUUGCGACAGGAGGCAUGAUUCCCAUCAGCAAUGAACGAUUGUGGAUUGAUAAAUUCAUUGGUUGGAGUUUCUAUUGGAUCAUUCUGGGAUUGGUGGAAUCGGUUGCCGUUGGCUAUCUCUACUUUUUCCGCAAGGACAAGGCUGAAAAAGGAGAGUCAUCCCCGGAACAACAGCAACAGCAGAACCCCGUGUACAACGAUAUGAAAGUAGUACCAGAGACUGAAGAACAGGGUCAAAGCAACGGUGGGCCAAAAUCAGAGUUUUUUUCCACCAGAUCUCGCCAACCACAACAAUCCACAAGAGGCGAAGACCGUUCCAUUGUUUUGAAUGAACGAAACUCUACAGUAGUAGAUUGCGACAACCUUGCCAGUUACUUGGAGGAGGGCAUGAUCUCUGGUGCUGGAGGAGGGCAUGCCCAAGAUCCAUUGACAAGUGACCACAAUAAUGGCACAACACAAUUUGCUACCUUCAAGCAACAACUUCAGGAUCAUCCCUCCGAAAGCUGGAUGUACACAGUUUCACUUCGCCGAAUCGAUCGGUUCUUUUUCUUUUUUACACUGGUGACCUAUACCAUCUUCAUUAUUGUCAUGUUUGCCUCCAGGCCAUAUUGGGGUAGAAAUUUGAAGAACGUGUGGCUGCAUCAGGGUGACGCUAGCUGGGAUAGCGAUAGAUGA